AUGACCGAGACCUGCAACUAUCCAGAAAACAGACUGUUGCAACUUCUCUCCAUCUUCAUCUUCACCAUCAUAUGCACCGAGUGCAUCACUGGAAUCAUUGCAAAUGGGUUCAGUGUGGCUGUGAACGGUCGGUGGGUUUGGAAUGAGACAGCUCCCACAAGUGGCAGGAUCCUGUUCCUCCUGAGUGCAUGCAGAAUAGCUCUCCGGAGCUUCACGAGGCUGGAAACGAUGCUCAGCUCGCCUUCCCCGUUUUGAUAACCGGAUGUGGUGUAUGGGAUAUUCAGAGUCAGCCUCAGGUGCUUCGGUUAUUGCGGUCUCUGGUUUGCUGCCUGGCUCAGCUUCCUCUACUCUGUGGAGAUCUCAGGCUUCUUCCCUCUCUUCCUCAAGCUGAAAUGGAGGAUUUCCAUGGCGUCCUGGCUUCUGUGGCUAUUGGUGUUCUUUGCCUUGGGGUACAGUGUGCUCUUCUCCAAGGACAGCCUCACAGUAUAUUGUAGCAACUCUGUUUCUAGCCCCUUCUCCAACUCCACAGAGAAGUACUUCACUACGACCAACAUGGCCAACCUGAUCCUCCUAUAUAACCUGGGCAUCUUCCUUCCUCUCAGCAUCUUCAUCCUGGCAGCCUCCCUGCUCACCUCUCUCAAGAGGCAUGCCCUGAACAUGAAAAGCAAUGCCACUGGCCCCAGGGACCCGAGCAUGCAGGCCCACAUGGGGGCCAUCAAAGUCAUCAGCUACUUCCUCAUCCUCUACCUCUUCAAUGCAGUUGCUCUAUUACUCUAUAUGCCCAACAUCUUUGACACCAACAGUCCCUGGAACAUUUUGUGCAAAGUCAUCAUGGCAGCCUACCCUGCUGGCCACUCAGUGCUGCUGAUCUUGGGCAACUCUGGUCUGAAAAGAGCCUGGAAGAAGCUUCAGCACCGAGUUCAUCUCUACCUAAAAGGACAGACUAUAACUGGCACCCAGGGAGCACCAUGGGGCCUGGUCCCCCAGCUCUUCAUUUCCUCCCCAGACUUCUCUCUUCUCUCCUUUUCUCCCCACAAACUCCUAUCUUGA